AUGGCCCCAUCAUUAUCAGAUCUGUACCCUUUGGUAUCUCUACCAAGGAUAACGGACCUAGACUUAUGUCACCAAGUUGUGAUUCCAACCAUAACUUCAACCAAUACUACUCAUAUUGAUAUUGGUAUAUCAAAAUCAAUCAUCUCCAGCUAUAUAUUAAAACCAACACCAAAAUUAGUAUGGUCAUUCCCAUUAUCGCCAUCCACCAUUGUAGAAUGUAUGGAUGUUCAAGAAACAGAUGGUAAUUCAACUGACUUCGUCAAAACCUACGUGGUUGGUACUACCGAGCGUAAGAAUUACAAGGCUUUAAUAAUUAAAAGACACAAUGAUACGGCAGAUCAUUUCGAAAUUAAAUUAGAUUCAAAAGUUAAAGGGGUCAAGCUCUCAAAAUGUGGUAAGUUUGUAUAUGCUAUUUUGGUUAAUGGCGGACUCAAAUUAUUAAAGAUUAAUGACGACAACCUUGAAGACGUAUCAUUAGAUUUACAGCUCAAGUCUGGUAAUGAAUUAGUUUAUUACAAGUUCAUUUCGAACCACGAUUUUAAAUACGAUAAUGAUUUAUUAUUAACUAUCGAAUCUAAUGAAAGAAGUCUCGUCUAUAAAUUGACUUCGUUGAAUUAUGAAAAAUCUUUUGAGAUCAAUCAGUUUUCUCAUUUUGCAGAAUGCCAGUCUAUUUUCACUUAUCAAUCAGGAAUUUUGUAUGAAUUUAAUAUUGAUAAGUUGGAAAUCAGCUCACGCUCAAUCAUAGACUUUAAAGUCUUGAAGUCAAUAAAAGUUGACUCUAUUAUUGACGCCCCAACCAAAUCUAUCAAUGAUUAUUCUAUAAUCUGUCCGAGUGAUGAAAGAUUAUUAUUAUCCUGGAAAAGCAAGUUAUAUUUAAUAAACUUCAAAUUUCAGAGUUUGUUGGAUACUUAUACUAGAUUGGACAAAAUUUAUAUUAAGCAAGUAGUUGAUGUUAAAGGAAGUUCGACAAAUACUAGUUCUACUUUUGCCAUUUAUUUGCAUUAUAAUGCUCGUAAGAAGAAUACCAGCUUAAAUAUAAUCAAUGUCAAUACCGGAAUAAAUUCUCUUAGUGAAUGUUUGGGCAAAAGUAUUGUUAAGCGAAAAAACGACAGCGAGUUCAAAGGUUUAACCAAUGUCAUUGAUGAUUCUUUCGACAAAGAAUCCACGAAGGUAUCCAAAGAAUUAAAAGAGAUAUACGAUGAAUUAGUGGAGUUAAAAGAGAAAAAGAAUAUUAAUAAGUGGGAAUUAAUCGUAGUUCCAUACUUGAAAAAUAAAAGCUGGUCCUCUAUCAAAAAGACUUUAGCAAAAGGUACCCCAGCAGAAGAGUUUUCCGUUUUUGAAGUAGAAAAUGAUAGAGUUAUUGAUCCUCACUUUAUAAGUAAAGUUUUAUCCUUGAUAUUUGAUGAACAAUUAGAUUUUAUUCCUGAGUAUACCUUGAUUUAUCUUUUGACUCAUCCAUUAUUUACAUACGAGCAUACAAAAGGGUUAUUGUCAUUAUUCACGCAACUUGACAAACCUAGAUUAUUGAGACAAGCAAUAAUAACAUGUCCUAAUUUGUCAAUUGAAGAAAUUUCUUUACAAUUAAACAAUGACAAUUUAGAAAUCUUCCAGGAUGUCAUAACUAGAUUAACUAAUGAGUUUUCAGUAAACCAAAUAACUCAUCAAUUGAAUGACAUCUUACAAUCAAAACAGAACAAUCUUAAUUUAGAGACUAUCUUGAAUAAUUUGAUUAAGCUUAAUAAUAACCAAAGUUGGUAUUUAAUUCAAUCUAUCAUUGAUGUUGGUGGUUUGUUUAACUGGUCUAUGAAUACUGUAAAUAAUUUAAUCGAAAUUAUUGAGGACAAAUUAGCAUCAAUAAUGGCAAACAACUACAACUUGACUCUUACAAACCAAGCCAUUUUAAUUAAUGAGCCAAUAAGAAAAUUAAAUAAAAAUAAGAAAUCAGGAAAAAAGACAACAGAAAAGAGUACUAAUAUCAUUGAACUGAACAAUGAAAUCCAACAGCAACAAUUGAAUUCGAUCUUAUCCAUACAAAAUAAUGCUGGUAAAAAGCUAAAAGAUGAUGGCAUUGAGAUUUCUAAAAGAAUUCCUAACUAUUCAAUUGAGAAAUUGAUAUUAUAG